AUUUCAUCGAGUAGUCCGGCGGUACUUGGGUUGUCCCCCGAAGAGUAAACCGUAAUCGCCGUUGACUGUCAGUUGCGACAUAAUCCUUUUAUAUUUCCAGUUUUUCCAUUCCUACUAAUAAUGCAGAGAGUGUGGUUCUUGUGGUUUACUGGUAGGGUGGCAAGUUUCAAAGCAGAAGCUAGAACGUGGAUUGGGUGGGUGUGUCGUCACGAAGACAUCUGUGUGAGAUUUUCCUCACCGCUUCCUUUCAAAACUCUCGAUGAUCUCACAAUCAGAGUGCGGAUCGGAAAUGGGGUGUCGAAGAAAGUCAGUUCAUUGCACACAUCUUUCACCUUCUCAACUUCGCAAUGGAAGCACUACAUUAACAGUCGUGGAUCGAAUAGUGGUUUCACCCUCAAGUUCUCGUCAACAAACAUCAUCAUAGGGUUUAAUGAGAUCUGUGUGGCCGUUAACUGAGGAUUCGGUUCUGGGCUAAUCAUAGAUUCAUUACGUGUGACGGUAUCACACAUCACUACCCGUUGGUUCGCGAUGGAGCUUGUUGGAACACACAAUGAUUUUGCUGAAGGGACCCAAGCGUAAAUCAUCUAGGUAUUAGCAGCAACAGCGCCAAGUAGGUAUCAUUCCCAACUUCCGCGGUGGUGAAGCCACCGACUGCUCUUAACCGUACUCUGGCUGGGCUCACACAACUUCAAUUAAUUGUAAGAUUUCCAUGGGCCUGCUCACUUGAAACAUCCGGUGCCUGAAAUAUGUUCAUCUAUGUUCAUUACAUGGUGAGGUGAGCAAUUUGAAUCCACCGAAAGUAACCAAUUGCGAAAUUUCUCCUGAAAAUCUGCCCCAGCAAUCUUCAAAUCCAAUUUCGAAUUCUCAACAGGUAACACAAAUUACAUCCACAAUGCGUCGAGAGAAUCAAAUUGAUUUAUAACGACUCAAAUCGGAGGCUAGUGGCUAGUUGUGCAUUGAGGAAUUAAGCUGUUCGUUGCCUAUUGUCAUACAUAGUGCAGUGCAACAAAUGGACAACAGGAACGGGUAGUGCAGAUUUGAGGAAAACCACGAUAAUUUUGAGUUUAUAGUCGAGUUACGACAACGGCGAACUCCUCCACUGCAGCAUCGUUGGGCAAAGAUUGAAGCCAACUGCGACCCGUCUUUUCAUAGCUUUGCUAGAUACUAUUUCAAUUGUAAGACCUCCCAAAAUUCCUCGAAGAAGGAGAUGAGUUCUCUAUUGUGAAGUACUUUGUUCUCGUUUUGAUUCGAAAUGUGAAUUUUGAAUAAAAGUGUACUGGGUCAACUUCAGUCUCUUCUAUCUACUCUGCUUCAGAACUGCUCAGCUUGCGAAGCACGGCUUGCUAAGUCUCGGGCACCCUCACAAGAGCAUUUUGUUGUUCCUUGGAGAGUGGCGAUAUUUUUGAGCUUUCCAUACAACUCACCAGUGGGAACGUGGUUUACUGAAGAGUCGAGAUGAAACUGUUGAGGACCCGCGUGCAAUAUUGAGAGUAGUUGCCAGGAUGGGCAAGUAUCCAGGUUGUUGAAGAGACAUGUCCAAGUCCAAGCGGCCUCAUACUGGCACCGCUUGCACAAUCGGCGAAGAGUCUCAAGUCGCUCACCACAAACCAACCUUAGGCUACUCUCUCGCAACGAGCAAAACUCUGCUGCUUGUUUCAUAACUUUCAUUCUAACAUCGUGCCGAACCCUCCUCACUCAUUCACAGUAAAGCUCUGGCUCAGGCUCCUCAUAUUUCAACAAAACGAAUUCCCGUCAAUGAAAUGCACGUCAAACCGCUGCUUCUUACAGCGCAUUAUGUACCGAAGUCACUCCCAGUACUAACUUGACAAUGAUCAGGGUGUUAGUAAUGUUCUGUGAUAAUGAAAAAUUCAAAACCAGUGCUGUGUUGCACUAUGUACCAAGAAACCCACAUACUCUAUAGGGGUUUUCUUUGCCAAGCGCUUAUGUAUCGCUUCCCACUACGCGAGUUUAAUGAUUUGUGACUUCAGAGUAUUUGCUCCGCCUUCAUUGCUGUUUGGUCGCAAAAUGGAAGCUCACUCUGGAGCUCGUGCAGGAUAAUUAGUACCAUUAUCAAUCAUGAGCUGAUACUUAGUGAGAGAGUUUGAGUGUGAGCUCACUAGAAAUUACGUAAUGUUGGGGGUGACAUGCUGGGUUUAUAAGUGGGAUUUGACAAAAUUUAACGCUGAACUCGUGUGAGCGUGUGCGACAGACACGAUAGAGACGGGCGAGUCUACUGGAGAGAAUUACUUGCCUCAAGCGACUUAGAUGGAACAAAACCCGUCUCGGAUUCGGAAGGCGGGAGAGAAAACGACGACUGUGACACGGGGAUGGCGCACCCUUCACCUCCCACUAGGCAAGAAAUUCCUCUCGAUAAGCAGCAACAAUGUAGAUUUAAGCUUACCGCCCGAGGCAAUGAUGUCCACGCGAGGCAAUGACGAUCCGCUCAUGGUCAUAGUUUCAUCGACUGGCUACUCGACGGAUUCGUUUGAGCACGAUGAGGAACAAAUUAUCAUGGACUCAAAGAAGCCAAAAACCCCACGAAAGAAUAUGACAAGGAAAGCUGCAGCGCAAGAGAAUUCGUCGACCAGUGCUGAAGGCGUCUCGUUUGUGUUCCAGAAGCACCAUUCGAAAAUCGAUUGGCGCAUUUUGAAUACGAUUGACGUCGAUCGCAUUAUUCGCGAUGUCGACACUGACACACUGGAGAAGGUGAUGGACACUAUCGCAUUUGGCGACAUUCAUGGAGAGGACGCACGCAAUAUCACGGAGGGCAAUUUCACGAAGAUCUUCCGUCUUGCACAAUUAAUGGUGGAAUAUCUGCUCCAUGCCCUACAGUUAUUGGCAGAUCAAAAGAGUGAACUCCUUCAGACUGGGGCUAUCAUGCAGCAGAAGAGUGAAAAAAUACGCCAACGUUUCUUGUGUCAAAGGAAUGUCCUGCUCCAAACUCGCCAUGAGUUGAAGCAAGCUAAAGAGACCUUGAAAACGGAUGAGGUUAUGCUGGAAAGUCAGAGCAAGACCCGGGCCUCUCGGAUUAGCCAGCCACAAGUCCGGCAUUGCCCAUUUUGUGAGAAAGUGUUUGAAUCCUCCCACUACCUCGAUUUGCACAUUGCAAGAAGACAUCCGAAGCCGCACGACGUGAUCGAGGACAGAAUUAUAGCCAUAGUUUCCAAACCUGAAGAUGCCACCGCAGCACGAACCAAGGCAGAGACGAACAUAGCAGUACAGAGAGAGAUUCAACAACUUCGUGAGAGAUACCAGGCAGACUUGCAAAGAGCAGAAACAAGUUCCACUUCAAAGGUUCGGUCAUUGCAGGCAGAGUUCAGGCAAAGUAACAACCAACUGCAUGAAGUCCAAACCCAACUUGACGUUCUCCAAGCUCAAAUUCUUCAUUCACCAAACAAUGCCCGGCUUGAAAGUGUCCACGCCAUUGAGGAACCGGAGGAUAUAGAUAAUGGAUCAGAUCAAGAGAGACUAUACAACUUGAAAAGCAAAUCCAUGAGUUUGGAGCAGCAAGUAAAUACCCUUGGUCAGGAAAAAUUGAGGUUGCUGCAGAAGCUGAAUGUGGCAUGCGCUGAGGCUUCCGAAUUGCAGUCGGCACAAUGGCGGAGUGUUAACACCUUGGAGACUCAGGUGGAAGAUCUGCUCAAGGAGAAUCAAUACCUCAAAAAAACGAUGUCCAAGGCUGAGGAGGAAUGCACAGUGCUGUCGGUUUUGAAACAGAAGCAAAUAGCCCCCUCCCCGAGGGAACGGUGGACAAGAGAACCUGAGAAGGAUCAGGCACUCCUAGCCCUAGCGCGCCCUGCAUCUAGGAGACGGACAGAGGUAAUACCUGCACAUAAUGAUGGUGAUGAUGAAGAGCUAAAUGAGCGGAAGUCAUCUCCCGAGCCCCAACCUUGCAGACAUUCUACAUCACCUGCCAAACGAACUCAACGUGUAGUACCUCAGAAAAUGAAGUAUGAGACUUCUCCAGACAGAUCGAAGAAGCUUUCACUGGAUAGAUUGAGGACUUCAGUAGUCAUAAAAAAGGGUAAGCCGAGAGGGAAUGAAAGCCCGACCACAGUUGAAGAAAUGCGCGCCAGGCUGGAAAAAGAGAUGGUUUCUGCACACGAGGAGCAGCAAAGGCGCCAGAAAGCCGUCCAACGGCUUUUAGCGAAGGAAAUGGCGAAAGAGAGAGUCGAUGAAAAGAAAAAUCAACAACGGAAAAAAGGCGAAGAUGCAAGAAGCUGCAACUCGACAACACAAUAUCCUAACUCACGCAAAUCAGAAUUCCCCUGCGAAAGCAUAGCUCCUCUGUUACUCGCUUUGCGCAAGAAAGAGGGAGUUACUAGUAUGAAGCCAGCAAUUCAUUCAGCGAAGAAAGUUGUAGGGAAUAAAAUAGAAACCUGGCCGUUACAAGACGAUUCAUCACCCUUUCGACCAAAACCUGAUUAUCUUCGAUUUACCCGAAAUCAAUCGCUCGAUCCCCCACCAUCACACCUGUCCAGCCAAGGCUGCGAGAAAUCCCAAACUUUAGUUCACCAUUACUUAGGGCCUGGAUUGGGAAAUCCUCAAACUGAGCAGGCAAUUCCUCAGCCCAGACCUUCUCUUCAUUUUCCCCUCCUUAAUGGCCAUCCUGAUCUCCAGAUUGCUCCCAACAGCAUCUGAAUAGCGUAAAUCCUGUUGUUAAAGAGGUCAUCGAUGGCAAUCAAGUUUCCGUGGUUUAUGGACUUGGAAACCAAUUUCCAUAUCUAUCACCCAUCGAAAAAAAAGUCAAACCUGUCGUAGGGAAAAAUGAGCCAUCUCUCGAGCUAGAAACUGAAGUUGACGUUUUAGGCUUUCCUUCACGCCUCUGUUCAGCGUGUCAUGUCAGCACAUUGACAUGAUUAAUACCUCCCAGGAAUGAACUGUGGCUUAAAUCAUAUUAGUUACAUAGUCCGCAGACUAGCUCCCUCAUGGAUACAGAUACCAAGCCUGUGACCAGUCUUCUCUUGCUUUCACCGUUGACAGAGUUGAUGGCUUGGGUGGCUUUUGCAUCCUGAGGUUGAUGCUGGAUUGUUUCUGAAGUUUUUCCACAGGCUUCUGAAGAAGAUAACAAUCCUCUGAGCUCUUAGUUCUCGUAAUUGUUUGCGUCAAAAACUUCAAGCCUUACUGACAGACAUCGUAUUGUAUUUCACUUGUCAUGUGUGG